UGUCUAAAAUUUCUUUAAAGACUUCCAGCACGAGACUUUCGCUCCAACGUUUAAAUUUGCCGACAUCAAAAAGGAAAAGUAAUUAUUUAUUAGACACUGUUUUCCGAGAGAAAUGGCCAAAGAAGAAUUCAAAGCUGAAGCCGUUCAGAUUUUGUUGUUCUUUGGAUCGUUUCGAUCCUCUUUCGCGAUACGAUCAACGAAAACCGCCCUACAAAUCUUCACUAACGGCAAUAACUUCUGUGCAUGAGUGUCCAGUGGCUAAAAUGCAAAUGAAAUUUUCCAUGUCCCGACUUUCUCGGGAGAAAAAGAGACCAGUCAAAACAAGAACGUCAGAUGCAGGAGAACAGCAACGAUCAUUAAAGAAUGAUGGAUUAAAUCAUUUCCAGAUCAGCAGAAAUAAUCGCUUUAUAAGGCAGUAUCUAGAAGAUGAAAUUGCAUUGGCAAAGGAUAUCUUCUGGGCAGAAAAGAAAAGAAUUUAUAAGGAGGCAAGCAACAAGGCGAUAAAAAUAGCAAAGAAGAAAAGUGAGAAAUACUUGUUAAAACUGACGAAAUAUCCACGAUGGUACCAAGAUUUUUCCUCGGAUCAAAUGAAGUAUUUAAUGAAACUGGAAAACGUAAUGCUCACCGAUUACGAAGAGACAAGGACAAAUGGCACACAAACGACAUUAAUAGCUAUUGGUGUCAUUUCAACGUUGUUUAAAUUAAAGCCGAGUACUAUAAAAGAAUUACAUAAAUCGUGCAAAUUGAAUAGCGUCAAUCUUCUACGAGAAAUUUACAGAAUCUUAACGGGAAAUGAUUUCUGUGAAGAAGGAUAUAAGAAAGUUUACGAUUGCAAUGAGAGAAUAAUAUUGUCGGCAAUUGCAUUUUUAACACUGCCAGAAACGGUGAAGGAAUUACAUAAGAGAUUGCCAGCAGUGACUAUGCCAAAAUUACCACCGAAACCAAAACUAAUAACAUGUCUAGUAAGACGAAAAGAUAUCUGUCCUUAUAAGGAAGAAUUGUUUAAACGUCCCGAUUGGGCUGGUUAUCGAAAUGCUUUGCAGAAGUGGCGAAAACAUUGUAAAUUAAUUGCAAUUCCGAAAGUAAUCUUGCCAUUGAAUAAAUAUGGCCAGUUUUUCAUUGAUGACAGAUCAGAUGUUAAAAAGCAGAGAAAAGAUACUUCCACUGAACAUCUCAAAGAAAUCGAUACAAAGGAAUUACAAAAAAUUUCCUCAACGUAUGAUCGUCAGAAAGAUUCCUCGAGAGAAAGAACUUUGGAAUCGGCAAGUUUCAAUAUUCUUCAACCGGCAGACGACAAUAAAAAAUCUAGUUUCAGGAUUCUUAGCAAAAAGCCAGAAACCGUUGAAUAUCAAAUUUAUGGUCCGCCAAAACCACCAGGAGCAGGUAAAAAAUCUUGGCUGAGAAAGAAGGACGCUCAUUAUAUGAUAGCUGGAGUAUCCACCGAAAAUUCACAUGAUUAUCCUGUAACUUACGAGAUCGCAGGCGUGGCUAAUGUGACACCCAGCAACAGCGACGAAAAAUUCUUCACGAUGCUGAAACUCGGCGACCAAAUCAAAAAGAUUUUCCCCAGUGGCAGAGAAAAUCUGUCAAUAAAUUGGCAAGAGUGGUUGCAAAAUGCCGAUGAAAGCUAUAAACAAUUGGAGGAAGAAACUGAUGAGUUAAUCAAGAGUGUGCAGGCAACUAUAAAAUUGGCAUUUCCUGGACCUUUUUGCGAUAGUUGCUGUUCCUGCCGACAGACUAGAAAAUUUGAAGAACAAUUGCAACAAAGCAAGAUUAGCAAGGCGUUAAUUGAUGGAGAGAAAAAUAUACAUAUCGCAGAUUCGAUGGCAAUACAAUCUUCAGGACAGAAUCCAACAGAAUUACCGAUUGAUCAGGUUGCUGAAGAUGAGAUUAGAAUGAACAUAAUUCACCCUAUUAAAAAUGUUCCACCUUGUUCAUGUCCUAUUCAGCAAAUGGCUCAUAAGGAUAUUAGUUUAUCUAUAAGCAAGGAAAACAUUCCUUGCACGAAAGAAGGAUUGUGCCCCGGAAAGAAGUAUAGACCAAAAGAACCAGGUGCAUAUUUUUGCAAAAUGUAUCCUGGAGAUAAAUUCUGCAAGUAUUAUCCUUUCAUGAAAGAAAUAAUGAAGAUGGAAAGAAAAAAAAUAGAAAAACAAAAAGAAAAAGAAGUAAAAGAAAAGACAAAUUUCAUUGAAGCGGUUAAGAGAGAGAUUCAAGUUCCAGAAAAAGACAUUAUAGAGGAAAUGAGAGAUAAAUUUAUUCCUGAUCCUGAUUAUCCUGCUUAUGACGAUCCUUGGAAUAUAUCACGAACUGCGCCCCCGGUAAAAAUAAUUAAAACAGAUUGUGAAGCAACUUUGAAGUUGACAUCUCCAGAAUGGCCUAUAACUUCUUUACCAUUAAAAAUGCAAGAGAGGCAAAAUGACAUCUUCUCGAAGAAAUUGAAGAAAAAUGAUAUUUUAGCCAAGAAAAUUAAUACAAAAAUCUCCUUAAAAUCAUCAAAAAAUUUUCAAAAAGGAAUGAGCAAAGGAAAAAAGGAAAUAAAAAAUAUAAAAUACCAAAAAAUAGAACCGGUACAAAACUGUUGA